AUGGCUUCUACCACCCAGAUCUCCAAGAAGAGAAAGUUCAUCGCCGACGGUGUCUUCCAGGCUGAGCUUGGCGAGUUCUUCUCGCGCGAGCUCGCCGAGGAAGGUUACUCUGGCUGUGAAGUCCGGGUCACCCACGCCCGUACCGAAAUCAUCAUCCGCGCGACCCACACCCAGGAUGUCCUCGGUGACAAGGGACGCCGCAUCCGAGAGCUCAAGGCGCUCAUCGAGAAGAGGUUCAAGUUCCCCGAGAACUCGCUCGAGCUCUACGCCGAGAAGGUGCAGUUCAGGGGUCUGUCGGCCGCCGCUCAGGCGGAGAGUCUGAGGUACAAGCUGCUCGGUGGGCUGGCUAUGCGUCGUGCCUGCUACGGUGUCCUCCGAUUCGUCAUGGAGUCGGGCGCCAAGGGUUGCGAGGUCGUCGUCUCCGGCAAGCUCCGUGCCGCUCGUGCCAAGUCGAUGAAGUUCGUCGACGGGUUCAUGAUCCACUCGGGUCAGCCCAACGUCGACUAUGUCGACUACGCCGUCAGGCACGUUCUGCUCCGUCAGGGUGUGUUGGGUAUCAAGGUCAAGAUCAUGAAGCCUUACGACCCUGAAGGAAAGAUGGGGCCUUCCAAGAACCUCCCCGAUGCGGUCUCGCUCGUCGAGCCCAAACCCGAAGGCGCCAUCGAGGUCCGGUCCGAGAACAAGGGUAUUCAGGAGAUCCCCCAGCAGCAGCAGCAGCAGCAGGCUGCCCCGGCGCAGGAGGCGUCGCAGGAGGCUGCUUACUAG